CGUAGGAAGACGCAACGUGUGGACAGCAGAUAUAGGAAGUUACAAGUCGUCAAGGACGAGAACAACUUGUCUACAAGAUUUUCGAUGACCAUUCAAAUUGCAUUAAAUCUCAAGUGUCGAGUUGCUGCCAACUAAAUCUAAAUUAUUGUUGCUUUUAUGUUCAUAUUUUACAUUAUUUUUUACUUUCAGUUGCGUAUGUGAUUUUUUUAUAUUUUUUUUAUCAACUUGUUUUGGAAUCCUGGUGGAAAAGAAGCCUUCCUUGUUGUUAACUAUAGAGUUGUAGAGCAUAGAAAUGACCGGACCGUAAUGUCAGUGGUUGCAUGCUGAUUGGAGGAGGGCAGUGCCAGUGUCAACCAGCAGGAUGAGUGUGUCUGACGGUGUGACGAGAACAACCAGCUUGGACGUAGAUCAAUUACAGCAACGGCAGACCAUCUUCCUCCAGAUCUACCCGCGUCUGCCCCAGGACACAGCUGCAUGUUGUACCCUCCAGGUCAGCCCUCGGGCCACGGCCGCUACGGUUAUCCAGAACGCAGGGGCCACRCUGGGCCUGGACAUGACCCGGCACUACGCCCUCCUGGAGGUCAGGCAGGAUGGAGGGGCUGAGAGGAUGCUAGGGGACUCUGAGAUGCCCGUGGAGAGGGUGUUGCUGUGGCCCCCAGGGGCCCGGAACCAGCAUCCCCAGGAGGAGGGGUACUACUUCAUCCUGCAAGCCCAAGGAAGUGGAGGGGAUCUGGGGUCAGGGACUGGCGGUAGUGAGGUACCUUCACCGGAGGAAUAUGAUGACCUGUGCAGCCUCUCCACCCUGACCGAGGACACUAUCCUGGCCGCAUUGCGCCAGCGCUUCUACAAACACAACAUCUACACGUACGCCAGCGGCAUCCUGGUCGCCAUUAACCCCUUCAAGUUCCUACCCAUCUAUAACCCGAAGUAUGUCAAAAUGUACAACAACCAGCCACUGGGAAAACUGAGCCCUCACAUCUUUGCGGUGGCGGAUGUGGCGUACCACACCAUGCUGAAGAAGCAGGAGAACCAGUGUGUGGUGAUAUCAGGGGAGAGCGGAUCAGGGAAAACGCAGAGCGCCAAUUUCCUGAUUCACUGUCUGACGGCGUUGAGCCAGAAGGGCUACAGCAGCGGUGUGGAGAGGACCAUAUUAGGAGCAGGGCCUGUCCUGGAGGCGUUUGGCAACGCUAAGACGGCUCAGAACAACCACUCCAGUGCUUUGGGGUUUAUCCAGGUCAACUAUCUGGAGAAUGGAGUGGUGAGAGGGGCGGUAGUAGAGAAGUAUUUCCUGGAGAAGUGUCGGCUAGUGUUUAGAGAUAGGAGUGAGAGGAACUACCACGUGUUCUACUACCUGCUGGUGGGGGCGUCCAAGGAGGAGCAGAGAGAGUUCAGUCUGCUGCAUCCUGAAGACUACGCAUACCUACGACAGGAGGACUUUAAUUUAGAUGACGCUGAGGACCUCAGGUGUGAGUUCAAGAGGCUUCAUCAGGCCAUGGAGAUGGUGGGAUUCCUGGUCCCCACCAAGAAACAGAUCUUCUCUGUGCUCUCUGCCAUCCUGUACCUGGGCAACGUGACGUACAGCCAAUCAGAAGACGGCGAGGGGCUGGAGGCGGGGCCAGCAGAUGUCCUCUCUACCCUGUCUGACCUGCUGAAGGUCAAACAGGAGUUGCUGGUGGAGGCUUUGACUAAGAGGAAACAAAUGACGGCCAACAACACCGUAGUUCUACACUACACUCUGGAGGAGGCUGUGACAGCACGGGACUCGAUGGCCAAGUCUCUGUACAGCUCUCUGUUUGAUUGGAUCAUCCUGCAYAUCAACCACGCUCUGCUCAACAGACGAGACAUGGAGGAAGCUGUCUCUUGUUUGUCUAUAGGUAUCCUGGAUAUAUUUGGUUUUGAGGACUUCCAGACGAACAGCUUCGAACAGUUCUGUAUUAACUACGCCAACGAGAAAGUUCACUAUUACUUCCACCAGCACGUCUUCACGCUGGAGCAG